GACUGAUGUUUAGAAAUAAGAAGACGGUCGUGCGAUUGUCAUUUAUCACUCCAAGUUUGUAUUUCUUUUUAUUUUGUUUUCUUUUUCUAACCGGUCAGUAGUUCGAAUAUUUUUUAAAACGCAGAUUUAAAAAGAGAACUUUAAAAUGCGCAUAGACAUACCACAAUGUGGUAGGUGUUGUGUGUGCAUACCUCUUAGGCACGGCAUCCUCAUUUUCGGUUAUCUUAAUUUGGCUUUCUCAACGUUCCUGUUGUCGUUCGAGAUAUGGCUGACCACGGUCCAUGGCCCUGAGUACACGGUAGCGCAGUCGCUGCGGUCUUCCACCGUCUACUUGUACCGGGGGGUUGGCUUGUACUCACAGAUGUGGUUCUACGCCCUCCUAUACAUCCUGGAGAUACUCUUUAACAUUCUCUUGCUGAUCGGUGCACAUAUGAAGCGUGCCAGGUUGCUGCGCGUGUACUACUACUACGGGAUAACGACGUCGCUGGCGGCCCUGGUCAGCUUCGUGGUGAUGAGGAACAGCGUCAGCUACGGCCGCCAGGACCUCCAGUACAAAGUGCUGGAGCUGGCCGUCGUCUUCUCAGGGCUAAUGGUCCAAGCGUACCUGCUGCUCCUCAUCCGAAGUGAGCUGAAGAAAUUGGACCAGAAGAACCAAAUGUGCUUCGUUAACCACGCGUCUGAGGUGUACGCGGACCUCUGCGACGGGGAGGGGAGGAACCCUCUGUAGGGUUUUUUAGCCUAUUGCACGUCCCACUGCUGGGCCGGGUUUCCACUGACGCGGAGAUGGGCGCAGAAGAGCGGAGAUGUGCGGAUUUGACCAAUCACAGCGUUCGAGAGAGCGAAAAACGAAUUCUCUCUGUCACACUCUCCCUCACGGUGAUUGGUCGAUUCCUGCAUAUCUCCGCUCCUCUCCGCCCAGCUCCGCGUCAAUGGAAACUCAGCCUUAGGCAGAGGCCUCUUGUAAAGGAGAUCUCCUCCAACCAAACCCUCAUGAUUUAAAUGGAAACUCCAAGGCAGAGUGUACAAAGAAAUAAAUAUGCAUACUUAAA